AAUACUUAUAAACUUUACAAAGUUUUAAAUAUUGUUUCAGAACUUUGUAAACAGGCUCUGGAUAUUAAACAAAAGGCUCUAUACUCACCAAGUGAAGUCUUUAUCUCAAUAAGAUGAGAAACUACGUGAUGAAAGAUAUCUAUAGGAGAGCUGUCCAGCAUUUUGGCAGUGAAAACUACCGCAAAGCCUUCAAUUGUACUCCAUAUCUAUCCAUACUCCAAGCAGACUACAGAUCCAGAAGGAACCCUAUAUCGCUAAGAGUUGGUACAAUCGAAGAAUUGCGUGAAACACUCAAACUCCAAAACAGCAAGCCUAAUGCCAUAACCGAAUCGUUUUCUAGUGUCAACACGAUUGAGUCUUGCCUAGUGGAAGAGUGCUUUUGGAGGUGUAUCGAUGGCUACAAGUCUAUGGUUCCAUUACUACAGCAAUUCUCCUGGCUCGCCUUGAGAAUCCAUAGUACCAUAAAAGCUUAAGUGUUCUCCAUUUUUG